CCACCAUUGUUUCCGUUGGAAGCUCUUUCAAACUCCCUUAGAAAUCUCCGUCCCUUUCUCUCGAAAUCAAUCGUCAAUGGCGGCCUCCAACUCCAUAUUCACCGUCGCUCCGUCGAGAAAUUUCGCACGUAUCCAUGUUCAUCAGGCAGUAUCUUCACCGUCGAGUCUUCCGCUCACCAGAUCGAGCUCCGUCGCGCUCCGUCCCAAACGCCGAUCCAUCUCUCUCGUCAAGUGCUCCACCGAUGAAUCAAAGAGCACUGCAGAGAAAGAGAUCCCAAUCGAACUCAGGUACGAGGCUUAUCCUACGGUGAUGGACAUCAAUAAGAUACAAGAGAUUUUGCCUCACAGGUUCCCGUUUCUGCUAGUGGAUAGAGUGAUAGAGUACACAGCUGGUGUUUCCGCGGUAGCUAUUAAAAACGUUACCAUUAAUGACAAUUUCUUUCCUGGGCAUUUCCCUGAGAGACCGAUUAUGCCUGGAGUCCUCAUGGUUGAGGCCAUGGCUCAGGUAGGAGGUAUAGUGAUGCUACAACCAGAAGUAGGCGGAUCUAAAAGCAACUUCUUCUUCGCUGGUAUCGACAAAGUCAGAUUCCGGAAGCCCGUGAUCGCAGGUGACACUCUGGUGAUGAAGAUGACGCUUGUGAAGCUGCAGAAGCGGUUUGGUAUAGCGAAAAUGGAAGGGAAAGCAUACGUAGGGAACACUGUGGUAUGCGAAGGAGAGUUCUUGAUGGCUAUGGGAAAAGAGGAGUGAUCAUAUUCAUUGCCUUUUGCUUUCUUUCACCCUUGUGGCUACGAAUGUUCACACACCUUGAGUUAAGUCUCGUUUCUAUCUCCAAUUUCUGUUGUUUGUUCUCAGCUUUGACCAUUUAUUUCAAGGGAAAGAAUGAAGAGAUAGUACUGUAUGCGUAUGUACUCUUCAAUUUUGUUUUUAAGAUUUAAUAAUCAUGAUAAAUUUUAGAUUUUUAUACCUUUUAAACUUUUAAACUUUUACAUUUUACUAUUUUCAUAGUAAUUAUAUCAUUAA